UCUUUCCUGCCAGUUUAAGGGCGAGUGCAGGAGAGAAAGCUACCGUUUACAAACACCGCAACAGACUAUUGUAACUCCUUAGAGGACAUUACCAGGGAUGUUAAAAUGCCAAAACUUUUGUUUUCAAAGAUUCGGUUCUAUGAAAUAAAGGAUCUGAUGCAAAAUGUGAGGCGGUCCAGAAGAAUUGAUAUUGUUCAUAAUCAAAAAAGGCAUAAGAAGGACAUACAGCACCUCAUGGCACAAAAAAUAAAAGAUGAGACAUAUCCUUCAAAACUCAGUUGGCAGACUGAUGAUAAACCCCACCCAACUCUGGAAAAAUUGCUACGGGAUAAAAAAUAUUUAGCAGCAUUCCGUGCCUUCCUGCAGUCUGAGUUCAGUGAAGAAAACAUUGAGUUCUGGCUUGCGUGUGAAGACUUUAAGUUGACCGCCUCGCCGGAUGAACUUCGCUGGAAAGCAGAGGAGAUCUACCAGGAGUUCAUCCAGCCUACGGCCUGCAGAGAGAUCAAUGUUGACCACCAUAUUAGAGAGAAGAUCAAGAAGUCUUUGGGGGAGCCGAGCCUCUCCUGCUUCGAUGAGGCCCAGAAACAUGUUUACCUGCUGAUGGAAAGAGACUCUUGCCCCAGAUUCCUGCAUUCAGAUGCCUACCUGAGUCUAAAGCACAAAUCCAGGACUCUUUGGUACAUUUAGCUGAGAAACAAGGCCAUCGAAACACUGUAUCAGCGCUGCUUUUCUAAUCCUCAGUUUUUGUCUGUUUUUUCUAUCUGGCUGAAUUGAAAAGUUAUUUCACAUGGUAUGAGAGGUGAGAGGUGAAGAUGAAAUGUUUUGGAAAAUAAUAAAGCAGGACAAACACCAUAAGAGAAAAGUAAUGUGAGUGGAAAAAAGAAUUUGUACUGUAUGUAGGGGAGAAAUAAUGCUGUUGUGUCAGUACUUAUGAUUAGUGCAGAGUUUAGAGUUGACUGAAAUACUGUAUGUGUUAACUGAAAGUCUUAGAACGUUAUGGAGCAGUGUACAGUAUGAUAAAUGAUGAUGACUGACAAAUAAAUGGUUUCUGUAGAAUAAAAUGACCUAGUUUUCAUAAAGAAGUUCAUAAAUGGGCAUUAAAUUCAGAAUUGUACAAAACUGACUUCUUGACACAUUUCAGCCGAUGAUUGUGGUAGUUCCCACUCGUCUAUAACUAUUCUUCAUAUUCUGACUAUUUCCAUAUAGUCAGAAUUUUGAGACAACGGUUUAUAUUUAUCUGACUGACUGUCUAACUGAAGGCGUGGAGAUGGACAUGAGUCAAAAAAAAAAAAAAAAAAAACAGUUUCCACAGCUCACCCAGCAAGGAGAUUCUGUUUUUGGUCACAUGUUUGAUAUAUCCUCUAAUUAGGUGCAGAGAUGACUCCACACACCAGCAACAGGGUUUACCAAACUGGAAAAAAGUAACCCCACGGUAACCCUUGAUCUCACUCUGUUCUGUAAAUGGCCUUAUUCCUAAAAAAUGUGCCUUAAAAAGGAGUACUGAGGCAGCUAAUAAUAACUCAGGGGCUUAAACGACAACACUGGAGUCAUCAGACAACCUGAUGCGUAACAGAUCAGCCUGAAUGUGCUGCCUUGUUAGGGGAAUAAUCUCAUCACCCACAGAUAAUGAUGGCAGAGAUACACAAGUGCUUUACUUGGAGAAAUAACCUGAAAGAGUUGUACGUUGUGAAAAGAUCAUAAUGCCUGUUCAAAUAAAAGUAUUAAAAGUG